UCUCCUACGCUCCCUUCCGGCGCUUCUGGCGCAGUGUACCCUCUUCGCCCUCCCUCCUGCCCUCCUCGCCACCGUCUGCGCAGGGACCCUCCGCGGCGCCAUGAGCCGCGAGGACGCGCGCCCGCCGCAGGGGAAUCUCAGCGCGCUGCCCGACGACUCGCCUCUGGUGCAGCGCGCCGUGACGGCGCUGAGGCGCAGAGCUCAGGAGGAGACGCUCGGGCCGGGGCAGCCGGACCUUUCGCAAGCUCACCUGCUCCGCUUCUUGCGGGCGCGAGACUUCGACGAGGACCUGGCGUGGAAGCUAUUGAAAAACUAUCACAAGUGGAGAGCUGAAUGCCCAGAGAUAACUGCAGAUCUGCGGCCCCACUCUGUUUUAAGUCUGCUACAUGCUGGAUAUCAUGGAGUAUUGAAAGAGAGGGACCCAAGUGGCAGUAAAGUUCUCAUUUAUAGAAUUGCACGAUGGGACCCAAAGAUGUUUACAGCAUUUGAUGUGUUCCGUUUAAGUCUCAUCACAUCUGAGCUUAUCGUAAGGGAGGUAGACACACAGCGAAAUGGGGUGAAGUGUAUCUUUGAUCUCCAAGGAUGGAGAUUUGCUCAUGCCCUGCAGAUCUCUCCAACAGUAGCAAAAAGAAUAGCUUCUGUGCUCACAGAUUCCUUUCCACUAAAGGUUCGCGGGAUCCAUUUGAUCAAUGAGCCUUUGUUCUUUCAUCCUGUCUUUACUCUAAUUAAGCCCUUUCUCUCUGAAAAAAUCAAGGCACGGAUCUACAUGCAUGGGAACAACUAUACACAGAGCCUCCAACAACACUUUCCAGCUGACAUUCUCCCAGAAGAAUAUUGUGGUAAGGCAGUCUCCAUUGAAGAACUUUGCAGGGAAUGGACCGACUUCAUUACAGAAUCUGCAGAUUAUCUACAAAGUAUCUCUCUUAUGUGUAGUACAUAAUCAGUGGCAAAUCAUUUCUGGAGGGACUAUAACUCUUUUAUUAUUAUGGAGAGAUAAGAGAAUUCAAUCUAAUUCAGUGGAUUACUGGAUGAAAGGCCAGGGUAUUUUUUUACUUUUAAUACAAGUUGGCACAGAUUCUGCCAACAACUGAAGCAACCAACUACAUAUAUAGACUGGACUUAAAUAAUGUAAAAUUGCUUUUGGAACAGUGUUGAAUCUUAGAAUAAGCUUACCAGAGAAAACUGUGAGGAAGAGCAAAACUAUACUUAAACAUUACAAUGAGGGGUUUUUCCCACUUAGAAUGGACUAUACCAUGUCUUACAGACUACUGUACUGCCUCUCAAAAUCUAGGGUUGAAGGACAGCCUAUGCUGGAUCCAACCAAAGGCUCAUGGAGUCUUCCAGUGACCAACUAGACGUUCUUGAGAACCACACAAACAUGAAAAGUGAAAAUAGCACUUCCUACGUCCUGCCUUAAUAUCUGACAGAAGUAUGGUGCCCUCACUAUGUUAGUUACAUUAAUUUAUCAUGGCUAAUAGACAGUGACAGACUUAUAUGACAUGAAGAUUCUCAAUUCAUUAUUUUUUCAAUAAUCCAAGCUAGGUGAAGUUCUACCUCUUGUGGUCAUAAAUGCUGCACAUGGCAUUUGUAUUGUACAGUGGCAGCAUAAGAUGUCCCUUGCAUGAGGCAGGAGGACAUGCCACCCACAGCUGCCUGCUAUGCCUUACUCUGAAGCAGGCCUCCUCAGAGUAAGGCACUGUGGCUGCUGUAGCCAUGGGUACCACCUGCACCAGGGUGGCACAGGCCAGCCUGUCCAUAAUGCUUCAUCCUGAGAAAUAGGCCUUCAGAGCAGAGAGUCUAGGCCUGGCAGGACAAUCCAGGGGUCCUUAGAGUGAAGCACUGGGCAGGUAGCUACUCUGAAGAAAUAUGGAAAUUGCUGUCCUGCUGCAGCAUUUGCCACAGAGAGAGAGUAACUGGCCAGGCUCCUUGAGGUGCCUUUCCGUCUUGAUGCCUCACAAGGCAGUGACAGAUGCCUUAUUAGCUGUGGGGAACACAUGAUCCUCUGCCAUUUCCAGGGUUAUUCCGCAUAGCCUUAUGAGAAUUUCAUCCCUGGUACUUUGUGAAGUAAGUGUUUCUGACAUGAACCUACUGUUCUGCAGUAUGUUACAUCUCACUUUGAGGUUUGUUUUAUUCUUUAAGCGUUAAAAGUAUUUCAGGGGGUUUAAAGCAAUAAUAAUAGAAUAGUUCUCUCAGCUAAAUGUAGCAGAAAGACACUAACUAGCACUGUGAAUUUAAAUAAAAGUUAUAUAGUAUUCCAUACUGCUGUUCACGAAUGUGAUAUUUUCCCAUGCUCUUAUCAGUAAGCAGCAGAUACUUCUCAUGAAAAAACAGUUCAUCUCACAGGUUUCUAAUUUACUUUGAUUUUGUAACUGGAAAUGCUUUAUUCUUUUUAGAAUGGAAACUGAAUUUGUAUUUGAAGUGCAACCCCCCCCCCUAAUUUCUGUUUACAGUCUCAUAACCAUUGUAGCUCAAAUGAAAUAAUGCUGUUCUCAAGCUGCUUCUUGUUCCUGAUGACAAAUUUCAGAGAGGAAGCUGUGUUAUUUCCUUUGGCAAAUAUGCCUAUACUCUACCCUCUUAAAGACUAAACAAGUUAUCUUGACAUAAGCUUUCAUGACCCAGAGUCCACUUUGUCAAAUGCAUACAGAGGACACACAAAUAUGACUGUUUUCUUAACAAAAUGAGCCCAAAAGCCCAAAUGAUGCAAGAGAACUGAGUCCAUGUAGAGAACAAAGGAGCACACAAAUGUAGUCCUCUGAAUAAGCUCCAAGAGGCAUGGUGUGACCUAUUCCAUUACUGAAGAUCCCACCAAGCACAUCAAAAUCAGUAGAGUAAAUGAAAUAAUGGAUUUUUUAAAAGUAUGCUGUCCCCUCCCAAAACUUGUUGAGCCCAAGUUGCCCACCGAACAUGACAAUGAAAUUUGGUUUCAAUAAAUCCUGACUAAAAUACUAAAGAAAAUAGUCAUUGCCAUUUAGGUUUUUAUAUACAGUAUGUAUUUUAUAUAUAAAUCAGUACUUGUGCAGUCAUAGCUGUGAUGAAUUAACUAUAUUCAUCUGUACUUUACACAGUACUGUAAUAGACCUGUACCUUUCUCUGCACUUGACCCUUUGGCAAAAACAACCACCACAUACUCCCUGCUUCUCCUCCCUAUAUUUUGGGGUAUAUAGAUCUUCCCCUACGAUCCCCAACAUGAUCCCCAUGGCGACCAAUAUGACAUGUGGUAUCCUUUGAUGCCUGCCAGGCUCCCUGCCUCCCUGAUAUAUUUAAGCUAAAAUGACUGAGUCUGACAUGCUGCAAAGUGAAUGUUUUCCUUCAAGCCAUUUUCAUUCUGGCUCAAAGACGAGUGGUGGUGUGUUUUCAAGCUCAGUCCCGACCUCCACUUUUCUUCUUGUCUAACCAGGUGGCUGUCUUGGAAAUGCAUGUUGUGUGCUUGGCUUGCACUCACUAUGGUAACUGUUUCAUUUAUGGGCAAGCUCCUCCACCACAACCAUUUUGUGAGAGCACCUAGAGUACUCUGAAAACUAAGUGUACCCAUGGGCCCAAAAAAGGGCUGGGGAACCCUAACCUACCUGUUUAGGUAACUACUUUGCACAUUUGAUAAAGUUGGCUAUGGUCAAAGAAAAGGUCACAAUAGCAGUGCAGGUUGUCAGGAAAAAUCUCAUCAAAUGUGUACAGUUCUUUAUGUGUCUGGAAGCUUUCUUUUUAAUUGAUUCAAUUAGAUAUUGAAAAAAUUGGUUUACAUAACACAAAAUAUUUUUGUAGUUGCUUUUGUAAUCUGGAAAUUCCAAAGCUGGAGUAAAACUAUUGUUACUUCUACAAAUGUAUAAUGUUGGGAAAUGCUUAACUGUUUCAUGCAUGAUUUUUAUUUAGGAAAUAUGUUUAGUUUUCAGAUCCUUGUUUCACAUUUUAUAUAAUGAGGUGCGCUCCCACAAUUGUAAGAAACAUGACAUAAAAAGGACAGCAGCAAAGAAAACAUGUAACAUUGCAGAGAAAAAGAAACUCUAAUCAUAUAUUAAAUCUUAUGAUUAUAGAAGUAUACCUUUAAAAGCAUCUUAUGAGAUAAAAUUGCUAUAACACUCUAAUUUUAUAAUUUUGUACAGCUGAUUAUUCUAAAGCAAUUAAACAUCUGAAAUGAUCCAAGCUUA